GGUCCAUUCUCGUUAGUAGAUGCGCGAAGCGAAGGCAAUAAUUUUCAACACUUGAGAGUCUCUUUUACAGGUAUUAGGGUUUAUUUCAGUUAAAGGGGAAAACGACGACGAAGACAAAGACUAAAAAUUACCUAUUUGCUUAACUAUUUCGGUAGUUAUUCACUCGAUUUUGCCUAAUUGUGGGAGGAAUUGGAUGCGAAUUGGUCCAAUUUGAGCUCUACGGAUCUCUUCUGUAUUAAGCAAGAUCGAUUUCAGUCUUGCGCUAAACUAAGGAAAAACAGUUGGAUAUUAGCAAUUCAGUGCAGCCAAGUGCGGAAUUUAGGGUUGAAAUUAGGCGGUGUGGUUUCUUGACGCUGGAUGUAAUUCGCAAAAUAAGGUGAUGAUGGUAUAAAUGGAUCCUGAAAGCAAGAAGUUUGGGAAAGGGCCAAGGGAACUUACGGGUGCUGUUGAUCUUAUAAGCUACUAUAAAUUGUUACCUCACCAUGAGUUCUUCUGCAAAAAGCCACUUCCUUUAUCAAUUUCAGACACACAUUACCUUCAUAAUGUUGUUGGAGACUCAGAAAUUAGGAAAGGUGAAGGGAUGCAAUUAGAUCAACUCAUUCAGAACAAUAAUAAUAAUACAUCAAGAGAGACAAAUACACGCAUACAGCCCUUUGACCUUGACACCUUAAGAGAAGCCUUUCAGUUGCGCGAGACUUCUUCUCCUGUUGACCUUCCAUCUUCAGAGAAAGGGACUCCUACUGUAGCAGGAAAAUCUAGAAGUGAAUCGAAGGAGAAGGAAAAGAAGCAUAAGAAACACAAGGAUAAAGAUAAAGAACAUAAGAAACAUAAACAUCGCCAUAAAGAUCGAAGUAAAGAUAAGGAAAAAAAGAAGGAUAAAAGUAGUCAUCAUGAAAAGAAAAGGAAGCAUGAUGGAGAUGAAGAUAUCAAUGACAUUCAUAGACACAAGAAAAGUAAGCAUAAGAGCAGCUCAAAGAUGGAUGAAAUGGGUGCAAUAAAGAGGUCCUUUACUUACUGCAAGUCAAAAUUAAUUCAGAGGAGUUGGGGGACUAACUAAAGAGAUGAUUAUGAAGAAGGUGAAUUCACCUUUGAACUAGAUUUAAUUGGAGGUACAAAAUUAAUGGAAAAAAAAACAGAAAAAAAAAAAACUUGUUUGUAUCAUAGAGAUGGGAUUUAGUUUCAUAUAUUUCAAAACUUUGAUCUUUUAUUUUGGUUUUAGAAAUGUACACGUAGACUUUGGGUGGUUUGGUCAACAUAAAACAAAAUGUGAGUGUAUCAUUAUAUCAAUUUUGUGAACUUUUUUUUUUCAUCUUCUAGAAGCUUUAAGG